AUGGCGGAGCCCAAUGGGCAGAGUGCCCCCAACGGCACAACCUCGAAUGGCAGGCCUUCAUACGCCGAGAAGCACAAGUUGCCCGCCCACUUCAUUGGUGGGAAUCGGUUGGAGAAUGCCCCUCCAUCAAAAGUGAAAGACUUUGUUGCCGAACAUGGCGGCCACACAGUCAUCACUAACGUUCUGAUCGCGAACAACGGUAUUGCAGCCGUCAAGGAGAUCCGGUCGGUAAGAAAAUGGGCGUACGAGACGUUCGGAGACGAGCGUGCCAUCAAGUUCACGGUCAUGGCUACGCCAGAAGAUCUUCAGGCCAAUGCCGACUACAUCCGCAUGGCAGAUCAUUAUGUCGAAGUGCCUGGUGGCACAAAUAACCAUAACUAUGCCAACGUCGAGUUAAUCGUCGAUGUUGCCGAGCGCAUGGAUGUCCAUGCCGUCUGGGCCGGCUGGGGUCAUGCCUCGGAGAAUCCUAAGCUUCCGGAGUCCUUGGCGGCUUCACCCAAGAAGAUCGUCUUCAUUGGGCCUCCUGGAUCUGCCAUGCGGUCGCUUGGUGACAAGAUCUCGUCCACUAUCGUCGCUCAGCACGCAAAUGUUCCCACCAUCCCAUGGUCUGGCUCUGGAGUUAGCGAGGUUCACAUCGACGAAAACGGCAUUGUGACUGUCCCAGAAGAGGUUUACCUCAAGGGCUGCGUCAAUUCCUGGGAAGAAGGCCUGGAGAAGGCUAGAGAGAUUGGCUUCCCGGUCAUGAUCAAGGCGUCGGAGGGUGGCGGCGGCAAAGGUAUCCGAAAGUGCAUGAAUGAAGACCAGUUUGAGGAGCUCUACAAGGCAGCAGCUGCUGAAAUCCCGGGUUCUCCGAUCUUCAUCAUGAAGCUGGCGGAUAGCGCCCGGCAUCUGGAGGUCCAGUUGCUUGCCGACCAGUAUGGCAACAACAUCUCGCUUUUUGGCAGAGACUGCUCAGUUCAGCGCAGACACCAAAAGAUCAUCGAAGAAGCUCCCGUUACAAUUGCUAGCCCCACCACCUUCAGGGCCAUGGAGGAGGCCGCUGUCCGUCUCGGCAAGCUUGUUGGUUACGUCUCUGCGGGAACUGUGGAGUACCUUUACUCGCAUGCCGAUGACAAGUUUUACUUCCUGGAGUUGAAUCCUCGUCUCCAGGUCGAGCAUCCCACCACGGAAAUGGUCAGCGGAGUCAAUUUGCCGGCUGCGCAGCUCCAGAUCGCCAUGGGUAUCCCCCUACACCGCAUUCGCGACAUCCGCCUUCUCUACGGCGUGGACCCCAAGGCGGCGACCGAGAUCGAUUUCGAGUUCAAGAACCCCGAGAGCGAGAAGACUCAGCGCAGGCCGGCUCCCAAGGGACAUACUACUGCAUGCCGCAUCACCUCCGAAGAUCCUGGCGAGGGUUUCAAACCUUCGAGCGGUAUGCUGCAGGAGCUCAAUUUCCGCUCCAGCUCCAACGUGUGGGGUUAUUUUUCUGUCGGUACUGCCGGUGGCAUUCACAGCUUUUCUGAUUCUCAGUUUGGUCAUAUUUUCGCCUACGGAGAGAACCGCGCUGCCUCGCGGAAACAUAUGAUUGUCGCUCUCAAAGAGCUUAGCAUUCGUGGCGAUUUCCGCACCACUGUCGAGUACCUAAUCAAGCUGCUUGAGACGCAGGCAUUCGAAGAGAACACAAUCACAACUGGCUGGCUUGAUGAGCUGAUCUCCAAGAAACUCACUGCUGAGCGGCCCGAUACCAAUCUGGCAAUCAUCUGUGGCGCCGUUAUCAGGGCCCACACGGAGAGCGAGAAGUCUCUUGCCGAUUAUCGGGCUGGCCUGGAGAAGGGUCAGGUUCCGUCCAAGGAUAUCCUUAAGACAGUUUCCUCUGUCGAUUUCAUAUAUGAGGGUCUUCGCUAUAAGUUCACCGUCACCCGCUCGAGCGUCGAUACUUACCGCCUCUUUAUCAACGGAUCGCAGUGCGAGGUCGGCGUGCGUACUCUGAGCGACGGUGGUCUCCUGGUUCUGCUUGGCGGACACAGCCACAAUGUCUACUGGAAGGACGAAGCGACCGGUACCCGCAUUUCGAUUGAUGGCAAGACGUGCUUGCUGGAGCAGGAGAAUGACCCUACACAACUGCGAACUCCCUCACCAGGAAAGCUCGUUAAGUAUACGGUAGAGAGCGGCUCCCAUAUCCGCGCCGGCCAGACUUUCGCUGAAGUUGAAGUGAUGAAAAUGUAUAUGCCCCUCGUUGCCCAGGAGGACGGUAUUGUGCAGUUCAUCAAGCAGCCAGGUGCGACACUUGAGGCUGGCGAUAUUUUGGGCAUUCUCGCUCUGGAUGACCCCAGCCGCGUCAAACAAGCCCAGCCUUUUGUAGGCCAGCUUCCCCAGUACGGCAGUCCAGUCGUCGUGGGUAGCAAACCUGCUCAAAGGUUUGCUGUCCUUUAUGGCACCAUGUGCGACAUCCUUAACGGCUACGACAACCAGGUGGUUAUGCAGCAAAAGCUCAAGGAGUUUAUUGAGGUCCUCCGCGAUCCGAAGUUGCCGUACAGCGAAUUUUCCGCUCAGUUCUCUGCACUUCAUGCCCGCAUGCCGCAUAAGCUCGAUGCGCAGCUUACGCAGGUUCUGGAGCGCGCUCAAAACAGGGGAGCAGAGUUUCCAGCUCGUCAACUUUUGAAGGUCUUCAACAAGUUUUUGGACGACAAUGUCCCCAACAAAACCGAUCAGGAUUUGCUUAAGUCCACUCUCGAGCCGCUCACCUCAGUGCUCAACCUCUAUCUCGACGGUCAGAAGGCCCGGGAGCUGAACCUCAUUGCAGACCUGCUGUCGAUGUAUGCCGAUGUCGAGUGCCAGUUCUCGGGCCGUCGCCUGCAGGAUGAAGAAGCUAUUCUCAAGCUCCGCGACCAGUACAAGGACAACAUUCAGAAGGUUGUCAAUACUGUCCUCUCUCACAAGAACGUCAUGAGCAAGAACUCCCUGGUGCUCGCCCUUUUGGAUGAGUACCGGCCUAACAAGCCAAACGUUGGAAAUGUUGGAAAGCACCUUCGUCCUGUGCUUCGCCGGCUGACCGAACUUGAGUCUCGCCAAUCCGCCAAGGUUUCCCUCAAGGCGCGCGAGGUCCUCAUCCUCUGUGCUCUCCCAUCGCUGGAGGAGAGGACAGCACAGAUGGAACACAUCCUCCGCUCAUCAGUUGUGCAGUCCCGUUAUGGAGAGACCGGCUGGUCUCACCGGCGGCCAGACCGUGAGGUAUUGAAGGAGGUUGUCGACUCCAAGUAUACCGUAUUCGAUGUCCUCACCCUCUUUUUCGCUCACGAGGACCCUUAUGUGGCCCUUGCUGCCCUCGAGGUCUACGUCCGCCGCGCAUAUCGUGCAUACAACCUUAGGGAAGUUCGCUAUCACGACGAAGAAAGGCCGUAUUUUAUCGAUUGGGACUUCGCGCUCCGUAAGAGUGGCGCGAACCAAACCGAGUCCUCCAUGCACAUGCAGUCGGUCGUGCCAUCUUCUCCGGCCACGCCUGUCGAAAACGACUUCAAGCGUAUCCACUCCAUCAGCGACAUGACGUACCUGGCACGUAGAACGCGGGACGAGCCUAUCCGCAAAGGCGUGAUAGUACCAUGCAAGGAUCUGCUUGAUGCUGAAGAGGCAUUGUCUAGAGCUCUUGAGGUGCUGCCGCUGGCACAUAAGGAGACUAAGGAUAAGGACCGCAAGCAACAGCCAGGCAUCGCUGCCGAUCUCGCUCAAAGGCGUCGGCCCGGCACACCUCUUCGCUUGGAGGGUAUUGGUGAACUUUCUGCCGUUGUCAAUGUUGCCGUCCGGGACGCUGAAGGAAAGAACGACGAGGAGAUCUUGGCCCUGAUCAAGCCCUGGGUGCAGAAUUCUAAGGCCGACCUGCUUGCUCGUCGUGUCCGUCGUCUGACGUUCAUUUGCGGUCGGAACGACGGUUCUUAUCCCAGCUACUACACCUUCCGCGGCCCAGACUAUGCCGAAGAUGACAGCAUCCGUCACAUUGAGCCAUCACUUGCAUUCCAGCUCGAACUCGGUCGCCUCUCUAAGUUCAAGCUCACGCCCGUGUUCACCCAGAACAAGAACAUCCAUGUGUACGAAGCCGUUGGCAGAGGAGUUGAGACGGAUCGGCGCUACUUCACCCGUGCAGUCGUGCGUCCAGGCCGGCUUCGUGACGAGAUUUCCACGGCCGAGUACCUGAUUUCUGAGGCUGACCGCGUUGUUAACGACAUUUUCGAUGCACUGGAGAUCAUUGGUACUAACAAGACCGAUCUUAACCACAUGUUCAUCAACUUCAGCCAUACGUUCCAGGUCACCGCAGACGAAGUUGCAGAAUCCCUGCAGGGCUUCUUGGAUCGCUUUGGUCCUCGUGGUUGGCGGCUGCGUGUGCAUCAGGUCGAGAUUCGUAUUAACUGCAUGCGGUCCGACAACAAUGACGAGAACGAUACGAUGCCGUUGCGUGUUAUUAUCACGAACACCUCCGGCUUUGUCAUUCAGAUAGAACUGUACGAGGAGAAGCUGUCGGAGAAGGGCGAGUGGGUGUAUUACUACGUCAGUGGUAAUGCCAAGAUCGGGUCGAUGCACUUGCUUCCCGUGUCAACGCCCUAUCCUACCAAAAAUUGGUUGCAACCCAAGAGGUAUAAGGCACAUAUUCUCGGUACACAGUAUGUCUAUGACUUCCCUGAGCUCUUCCGCCAGGCUAUUCAAAACAGCUGGACCGAGGCUGUCAAGAAGAUUCCUUCAUUGGCCGCGAAGCAGCCUGCGAUCGGCGAAUGCAUUGACUACAAUGAACUGGUCCUUGGCGAUCAAGACAACUUGGCCGAAGUAUCACGCGAACCCGGAAUGAACUCGACUGGCAUGGUUGGAUGGCUCAUCAAUGCUCGCACGCCUGAAUACCCCGAUGGCCGCAAGUUCAUUGUCGUCGCCAAUGACAUCACUUUCAAAAUUGGCUCGUUUGGCCCCAAGGAGGACACCUUCUUCUUCAAGUGUACUGAGCUUGCAAGAAAGAUGGGCAUUCCGCGCAUCUACCUUUCCGCGAACUCAGGUGCUCGUUUGGGCCUCGCCGAAGAGCUGAUGCCUCAUUUCAAUGUCGCCUGGAAUGACCCGGCCAAGCCUGAAGCCGGCUUCAAAUACCUUUACCUCUCUGAUGAGGCUAAAAGGCGUUUCGAGAACGAGGUUAUCACAGAAGAGAUCGUGGAGGAUGGUGAGAAGCGCCACAAGAUCAUUACUAUCGUUGGUGCCGAAGAGGGCUUGGGCGUUGAGUGCUUGCGCGGCUCUGGUCUUAUUGCUGGUGCAACUAGCCGUGCUUACAACGACAUCUUCACUUGCACACUGGUUACAUGCCGCUCAGUUGGCAUUGGCGCUUAUCUUGUUCGUCUCGGUCAGCGCGCCGUGCAGGUCGAAGGACAGCCCAUCAUCCUCACCGGUGCUCCGGCGCUCAACAGCCUGCUGGGUCGCGAAGUCUACACGUCUAACCUUCAGCUCGGUGGUACUCAGAUCAUGUAUCGCAACGGUGUGUCCCACUUGACAGCCAAAGAUGACUUCGACGGUGUCACCAAGAUAGUCCAGUGGCUAUCAUUCAUUCCGGACCAGCGCAACAACCCGCUGCCUAUUCUUAGCCCGAGUCCCGAUCCCUGGGAUCGCGAUGUUGUCUAUACGCCCCCAUACAAGCAAACGUACGAUGUUCGGUGGAUGAUUGCCGGCAAGGAGGAUGAAGACGGAUUCCAGCCUGGCCUGUUUGACAAAGAUUCAUUCGUUGAGACCCUCGGUGGCUGGGCACGUACGGUUGUGGUUGGUCGCGCACGUCUUGGUGGCAUCCCCAUGGGCGUUAUUGCUGUCGAGACCAGGACCAUUGAGAACAUCACCCCUGCUGAUCCCGCCAACCCCGACUCCAUUGAGCAAGUCACGAACGAGGCAGGUGGUGUGUGGUAUCCUAACUCGGCCUUCAAGACAGCGCAAGCCAUCAACGACUUCAACUACGGCGAGCAGCUUCCACUCAUGAUCCUUGCGAACUGGCGUGGCUUCUCUGGAGGACAGCGUGACAUGUACAACGAGGUUCUCAAGUACGGUUCUUUCAUCGUCGAUGCCUUGACCAGAUUCGAGAAACCUAUCUUCAUUUACAUUCCGCCCCACGGUGAGCUUCGUGGUGGCUCGUGGGUCGUUGUGGAUCCGACAAUUAACCCGGCAUCCAUGGAGAUGUACGCGGAUGAGGAAGCUCGCGGUGGCGUUCUGGAGCCCGAGGGCAUCAUUCCCAUCAAAUACAAGAAGGACAAGCAGCUCGAAACCAUGGCUCGCCUCGAUCCUGUCUACCGCAGUCUGAAGAAGGAGAUGGCCAAGGAAGGCCUGUCCAAGGAGGAGAGUGAUAACAUCAAGAAAAAGAUGCAGCAGCGCGAGGAGCUCCUCCUUCCAAUCUACCACCAGAUCUGUGUGCAAUUUGCUGAUCUGCAUGACCGAGCCGGGCGCAUGAAGGCCAAGGGUGUUAUCAGGCAGAGCCUACAGUGGCGUCAGUCUCGUCGUUUCUUCUACUGGCGCGUUCGCAGAAGGCUCAUCGAGGACGACAUCCUGCGGCGCAUCGAGGAAGCUAUCAAUCCUGCCGGCAAGCGUCGUCAUGAUCCUGAGAACACCUCGCUUGCGGCUUCUCCGGAGACUCGCAGUCCCCAUCUUGUGCAGCUCGAAUCAUGGGUUGGCAUCCCUGGCUUCAAGACCAAUGACCGUGAAGUGGUCGAGUGGUACGAGCAGAACCAGGAUCGCAUCAAUGAGAAGCUUGAGAAGCUCAAGAAGGAGUCCAUUGCCGACCAGAUGCGGGAACUUCUCCGCGCUGCCGAGAGCUCUAACCCAGUUGCUGCCUGGAGCGGUGUUCGUGACCUGUUGCGCAUGAUGCCCGUGGAAGAGAGGGAGAAGGUCGUUGAGUACCUCAAACAGGUCUAG